AUGUCGACCAGUCACCCCCAGGCUAUGCUGGUCUUUUCGACCCUCAGUGGUAUAGCCACGCACUUGACCAUUUUCCGCCACGGGGAAUGGGAUGUUCAGGCCCCCAAGCUCGUGCUCUCAUACUUGUUCCUGUUGAUAGGUGCUAUGGUGUUAGAUCAAGCGGCCAAAGCGAAAUAUGUUGAUUUUGCUGCUCCUUAUCCUUGGCUUGUGAAAGGCGUGUGGUGUCAUAUCCUAGGAAUCUACGGAUCCAUGAUCAUGUAUCGAGCAUUUUUCCAUCGCCUCUCUCAAUUCCCCGGGCCAUUCUUUGCAAGACUGUCAAAUUUCUACGUGACCGCUCUGUCUGCUCGGAAGCUCCAUCUUUAUGAAGAGACAGAGAAACUUCAUGGGAUCUAUGGAGAUUAUGUGCGGCUAGGCCCGACUGAGCUGUCUAUUGCUGAUCCAAGUGCAGUCAAGGCUCUGUAUAGCUCUCAGGCAAAGGUCUCCAAGGGGCCGUGGUACACAAUUUUGGAACCACGGGUCUCUCUCCAGACGGACAGAGAUAAGCAGGAGCACGCACGCAGAAGAAAAGUGUGGGACCAGGGAUUUAGCUCUCGAGCUCUCCGUGACUAUGAACCCCGUGUCUCUCACUACACCGGCCAACUCAUUGAUGCGAUUGAAAAACAGCUCGGAAGCUCCGUGGACAUCUCCCGGUGGUUUAAUUAUUACAGUUUUGAUGUUAUGGGCGACCUGGCAUUCGGAAAGUCAUUCAACAUGCUGAUUGAUGGCAAAGACGCCUACAUUCUGAAGCAAUUGCAUACUGAUAUGAAGAGUAUUGGCCUGUUCAGUCAUCUAACCUGGCUGUUUCCCUUUGUCAAACGAACCCCAGGGCUCAAUGCAGAUUAUCUAAAGUUUUGGACUUGGGUGGGAGAGCGUGUCAAUGGUAGGAUCCAGAAUAAUCCAGAUCGCCCAGAUGUCUUCUCAUGGCUACUCAAAGCUUAUGAGCAGGGCCCAAAGACUAAGCAGGAUACACUCAACCUUCACGGUGAUGCAUACUUGAUUAUUGUAGCGGGAAGUGACACCACCGCUGCAACUCUGACCAACAUCUUCUUCCAUCUUGUCUCGGACCAAGCUUUGUUUAAGAAACUCCAAGCUGAACUUGAUGCCCUACCGGAUCUAUCUCACGAUAAAUUGCGAGAGAUAAAACUUCUCGAUGCGGUGAUCAACGAAACGCUCCGCCUGCAUCCUGCAGUCCCGUCUGGCACACAACGCCUAUCCCCACCCGAAGGCAUGACUAUCAGCGGAAGAUAUAUCCCCGGAAAUGUCAUGUUUAUGGAAUUGUACACGUCUCUGGAAGUACUAACCAUGACAGACGGGCGUGUUUUUGCCCGUCCAGAUGAAUUUUUGCCCGAGAGGUGGACUACCGAGCCAGACCUCGUGAUAGACCCAUCCGCAUUCAUUCCAUUCAACAGCGGCCCAUACUCCUGCGUUGGAAAGCAGCUUGCUCUAAUGGAGCUUAGAUGUGUGAUGGCUGAGAUACUCACCAAGUAUGACAUAUCUUUUGCUCCAAGCCAGAACGAGUCUGCUUUCUUAGAAGGGAAGCAAGACACCUUCACGCUAGUCACCGCACCGCUGGAGCUGGUUUUCAAGGCAAGAGGAGCGAAGAAAGAGUGA